AUGAGGAACUGUCCAAUGAUCGGAGAAGAGGAAAAUAGCUUACUGAUGGCACUAUUUUGGCAACAAGAAAUUCUGGAGAGUAUAAAAGCAUGUGCAGGUGACAAAGCACCAGGACCUGACGGUUUUUCCAUGGCUUUCUUUAGCCAAUGUUGGGGAACCAUCAACAUUAACCUAGUUGUAGCAGUACAGAAUUUUCACAAGGAAGAAAUCUUCGAGAAGAGCAUCAAUGCCACAUUUGUAGCUCUAAUACUAAAGAUAGUAGGGGCUAUGGAGUUGAAAGAUUUCAGAUCUAUGAGCUUGAGAAUGGGAUUUGGAGCUAAAUGGAUCAACUGGGCGAAUUAUUGCAUUAACACAGUCAAAUUUUCUGUACUAAUCAAUAGAACUCCCAGUGGUUUUUUUCCUUCACAAAGGGGCUUGAGACAGGGAGAUCCCCCGUCUCCCUUCCUUUUCAUCCUAGCAAUGGAAGGACUUAGCAACAUGAUUCAGACGGCUAAAGAAAGAGCUUGGAUCAGGGGUUUUCAGGUUGGCACUAGGGCAAUAAACUUGGAAAUAACUCAUCUGCAAUAUGCAGAUGACACUCUAGUCUUUUGUGAAGCAGAGAAGGACCAGAUGUUAUUCCUUAGGGUGAUUUUCAUCAUAUUUGAAGCUGUUUUUGAUUUACACAUCAACUGGGGAAAGAGCUUCAUUUAUCCUAUAAAUGAAGUGGUAGAGGUGGACAAUUUGGCAGCAAUCUUGGGUGGUAGAGUAGGUGAGCUACCAACCAUAUAUUUAGGCAUGCCUAGCAAGUCUAAAGGGAUCUGGAAUGGG